GUCAAUGCGGUGGUGUCUUGUCAUCUGUCAAAAAAAAUUACAUAGCCUCCCUCGAAAUAAAAAAUGGAAAUAUUGAACGAUCACGUCCUAGAAGUGAUUUUCUCCUAUUUAAACUUACACGAUUUGCGAAACUGUUCCCUCGUAUGCAAGAAAUGGUAUAAAUUCCUAAAUGACGAAAACAACGACGUCUGGAGGUUACACUGCAUAAGAAAGUUAGCAGAAGAAGCCUUAAAAUCAGAUUUAUUAUCAUCUGUGCCCACCUAUAAAGCAAAAUUAAGGGCUUUUUAUCACGCGUGGAAUCCCAACGAUUGUUCGCGAAAUAUUUACAUAAAACCCAAUGGAUUUACGUUACAUAGAAAUCCAGUGGCGCAAAGUACUGAUGCUUCUAGAGGAAAAAUCGGAUUUAGACAUGGUCGGCAUGCUUGGGAGGUUAUUUGGGAAGGACCUUUAGGAACUGUUGCUGUUAUUGGAAUUGCUACCAAAGAUGCUCCUUUACAAUGUCACGGGUAUGUGGCCUUGUUGGGUUCUGACGAACAAAGUUGGGGAUGGAAUUUAGUUGAUAAUCAUUUAUUACAUAAUGGUGAUGCACAGGGGAAUUAUCCUUUAUUAAAUAAUGCACCUAAGUAUCAAGUAGGUGAACGGAUAAGAGUUAUUUUAGAUUGUGAUGAUAACACAUUGUCUUUUGAGAAGAAUUAUGAAUUUUUAGGUGUUGCUUUUAGAGGUUUACCAGAUAAAAAAUUAUAUCCAACGGUAUCCGCUGUUUAUGGUAAUACGGAAGUAUCCAUGGUUUACCUCGGACCUCCUCUGGAUGGCUAACAUAUGCAUUAGUGAAUUUAUAAAGAAAGAAAAUAGAGUGAAUAUCGUACAAAGUAUCUAGGAAAGGUCUAUCUGGAAUGUUAGGUUUGCCAUUGUGAUAUAACUAAAAAUAGACUUGAAAAAACAAGAAAUCGGGACUCUAUAUGCACUUCCAGUUACCACCGACUUUAUUUAACUUAUUUUAGUUAAUUUUUAACACUGAAUCUCUUUUAUUUUUAGGUUUGAUUAUAUUUUUUUGGACUUUAUUGAACGUUAAUUUUUUUUUUACAAAUAUCUUUAUUAAUUAAUUUUGAAAUAUAUGCGUAAAAAAUGUCCUUCCAAUAAUAGUUUUUAAAAGCAUCUCAUACGCCAGUAAAUUAACAUCAUACCUCGUAAAAUUAAGCAGUCUUAAUUAAUUCAUUCCAAUUUGAUUUCAAA